CAGCGGGGCUGUCAGAGAGCAAAAUGUCAUCAGCAGAAUCACACCAGGAACAAUUGUCCCAGUCAGAUCCAUCCCCGUCACCAAACUCAUGUAGUUCCUUUGAGCUACUAGACAUGGAUGCUGGCAGUUUGUAUGAGCCAGUUUCUCCUUAUUGGUUUUAUUGUAAAAUAAUAGAUUCUAAGGAGACAUGGAUUCCUUUCAACUCUGAGGAUUCACAGCAGCUGGAAGAGGCAUAUGGUUCUGGAAAAGAUUGUAAUGGGAGAGUUGUCCCCACUGAUGGGGGCAGAUAUGAUGUGCAUUUGGGGGAGAGAAUGCGGUAUGCUGUAUACUGGGAUGAACUAGCAUCGGAAGUGAGACGAUGUACCUGGUUUUACAAGGGAGACAAAGAUAAUAAGUAUGUUCCCUACUCAGAGAGCUUCAGCCAAGUAUUAGAGGAAACGUACAUGCUUGCUGUAACUCUGGAUGAGUGGAAAAAGAAACUGGAGUCUCCCAACAGAGAAAUUAUUAUAUUACACAAUCCAAAGCUUAUGGUGCAUUACCAGCCAGUUGCAGGGUCUGAUGAAUGGGGUUCAACACCCACUGAACAGGGUCGACCAAGAACAGUGAAGAGAGGGGUUGAGAACAUCUCUGUUGACAUUCAUUGUGGAGAACCUUUACAAAUAGAUCACUUGGUUUUUGUAGUCCAUGGGAUUGGACCAGCUUGUGAUCUCCGCUUUCGAAGCAUUGUACAGUGUGUUAACGAUUUUCGCAGUGUUUCCUUGAACCUGCUACAGACACAUUUUAAGAAAGCCCAAGAAAAUCAGCAGAUUGGGAGGGUAGAAUUUCUUCCAGUCAACUGGCAUAGUCCUUUGCAUUCUACUGGUGUGGAUGUAGAUCUGCAGCGAAUAACUCUGCCCAGCAUUAACCGCCUAAGGCACUUUACCAAUGACACAAUUCUGGAUGUCUUCUUCUACAAUAGCCCCACCUACUGUCAGACUAUAGUGGACACAGUUGCUUCUGAAAUGAACCGAAUAUAUACACUUUUUCUUCAGAGGAACCCUGAUUUCAAAGGGGGUGUAUCCAUUGCCGGUCAUAGUUUAGGUUCGCUAAUAUUGUUUGAUAUACUAACAAAUCAGAAAGAAUCUUUGGGGGAUAUGGACAGUGAAAAGGAUGCACCAAAUAUUGUCAUGGAUGAAGGGGACACACUGACACUAGAGGAAGGUUUGAAGAAACUUCAACUCUCUGAAUUCUUUAAUAUCUUUGAGAAGGAGAAAGUAGAUAAGGAAGCUCUGGCUUUAUGUACUGACAGAGAUCUUCAGGAAAUGGGAAUUCCCUUAGGACCAAGAAAGAAGAUAUUAAACUACUUUAGGACCAGAAAAAAUUCAACGGGUAUUAAUAGACCAACCCUGCAGCCAGCUUCAGGGGUGACUAUAUCUGACAUCCCCAAAGAAUCAGGCUUCUGCAGUAAAACCGACGCCACUGGAAAUGGUGACUAUCUGGAUGUUGGUAUUGGGCAGGUGUCUGUAAAAUACCCCCGGCUCAUCUACAAACCAGAAAUAUUCUUUGCCUUUGGAUCUCCCAUUGGAAUGUUCCUUACUGUCCGAGGACUAAAAAGAAUCGAUCCCAACUAUAAAUUUCCAACAUGCAAAGGUUUCUUCAAUAUCUAUCACCCUUUUGAUCCUGUGGCCUAUAGGAUUGAACCGAUGGUGGUCCCAGGAGUGGAAUUUGAGCCAAUGCUGAUCCCACAUCAUAAAGGCAGGAAGCGAAUGCACUUAGAAUUGAGAGAGGGCUUGACCAGGAUGAGUAUGGACCUUAAGAACAACUUGCUAGGUUCACUUCGGAUGGCCUGGAAGUCUUUCACCAGAGCUCCAUACCCUGCCUUACAGGCUUCAGAAACUACAGAAGAAACUGAAGCAGAAUCUGAAUCAAGUUCAGAGAAGCUGAGUGAUGUUAACACAGAAGAGACCCCUGUGGCAGUUAAAGAAGAAGUCCCACCCAUCAAUGUGGGAAUGCUGAAUGGAGGCCAGCGCAUUGACUAUGUGCUACAAGAGAAGCCCAUUGAAAGUUUUAACGAAUAUUUAUUUGCUUUACAAAGCCAUCUAUGCUACUGGGAGUCUGAAGAUACAGUAUUGCUGGUCCUCAAAGAAAUCUACCAAACCCAGGGCAUCUUCCUUGAUCAGCCUUUACAGUAAAAAUGAAUCAUGUGUGGCUGCUUAAUGUAAGUUUUUAAAUGUCACAUAUGCAGCAUAUUUCCUACAUAUUAACAUGUUAUGAGGAACAGUGUAGCCUUGAGCUCUUUAUAAAUGUACUUUUCUGUUGCCUGUCACCAAGAUCUAGGUUAUUAUUUUUAGAGGGACUCUGGUUAAAAUUGCUGAAGGAAAAGUGCAAUAGCC